CUUUCCUGACACAAGUCUUUCUCCUCCAAUAUUCUUUCUUUGUUGGUUCUGUCGAAGCAAAAAAGCCUCUUUGCCACGCCGAAUGAGAGAAACACAGAGAAGGAGCGACGUGGAGUAAUGGCUACUGUGGCUUCUGCUUGAACAACUUCUAGAUCGGUACCCUUCACUGCAAUAAAUCUAACAGAGACAGAAAUAUAGAACAACGGGAGAAGCCGGGCCCUUAGGCUUAGAUUCUCAUUUUCAGUUUCAGAUGCAAUGCUGAUUCUGUGUUGUGACGAGGAGGUUGUGGAAGAGGCAUUUGAAUUGGGUCACUUGCCUGGUGUCAUUGUGUUCUGGACCUCAAAAUCAUGUAUUCUAUACGUUUAGGCAGUGAGAAGGAACAUUUGAAAGAGUUUGGGUGUUAACAUGGCUGAUGCAGCAGCGAUAGCGGAUGCCAUUGGAUCUAGAUUUAGUUCGCUGGAGCUGAUUGGGAGAGGAUCGUUCGGUGAUGUUUAUAAAGGGUUUGACAAGGAGCUGAAUAAGGUUGUUGCCAUUAAAGUUAUUGAUUUAGAAGAAGCGGAGGAUGAGAUUGAAGACAUUCAAAAGGAAAUUGCAGUUUUGUCCCAAUGCCGAUCUUCAUAUGUUACCGAGUACUACGGAUCAUAUCUCCACCAAACCAAACUAUGGAUAGUUAUGGAAUACAUGGCUGGUGGUUCUGUUGCUGACCUAAUUCAGACAGGUUGUCCUCUAGAUGAAAUGUCUAUAGCUUGCAUUUUACGUGACUUACUGCAUGCCAUCGAUUAUCUCCACAAUGAAGGAAAAAUUCACAGAGACAUUAAAGCGGCAAACAUAUUACUGACAGAGAAUGGAGAUGUUAAGGUUGCAGAUUUCGGUGUUUCUGCACAGCUAACACAGACAAUUUCGAGAAGAAAGACACUUGUAGGAACACCUUUCUGGAUGGCUCCAGAGGUGAUUCAGAAUUCAGAAGGAUACAAUGAGAAGGCAGAUAUUUGGUCCUUGGGAAUCACUGCCAUUGAGAUGGCAAAAGGGGAACCUCCACUUGCAGAUCUACACCCAAUGAGGGUUCUUUUCAUCAUACCUCGCGAAAAUCCACCCCAGCUGGAUGAGCAUUUUUCCCGUCCUAUGAAAGAAUUUGUUUCGUUAUGUUUAAAGAAAAAUCCUGCGGAGAGGUCCAGUGCCAAGGAACUUUUAAAGCACCGUUUUAUCAGGAAUGCUAGGAAAAAUCCCAAGCUUUUGGAAAGAAUAAGAGAGCGGCCCAAAUACCAGUUAAAGGACGAUGUAGAAACCCCUACCAAUGCUCCUAUGGCUUUUGGAGAUUUAUCUGGCACAGUGAAGGUGAACAGAGAUGAAAAAACAUUACAAGCCAGUCAUGUUAAAACCCUGAGAAAUGCUGGGUGGGACUUUAGCAUGAAUGGAUCACAGGGUACAGGAACCAUCGCUGUAAAGCCACCGCAGGUGCUUGGCACAAAAGAAAAGAAAUCAGAAGCCUCAUAUACUCAGGCUACCCCAAAAAAGACUUCAGAAAGUGGUAGUAAAUUAUAUUCUCCAUCCAGACGUGUGGUUCAGGAAUCAUCAGAACUGUCCCCAGUGAAGGAUGCUAGAGAUCUAUUUGAUGAUGGAUUACAAGAUAAUUCCCAUGAGGAUGAGCAAUUAUCUGUAAGUGGGUCGGGAACAUUUGUUGUACGAUCUCCAAGAGUUCAGACAUCUACAGUGUUAAGUGAACAAAGUAUUUUGUCUAGCAACAAAUAUUCUUCUUUUGAAGAUUUAUCUCCCAGUGGGACUAUAGUUCUCCAUGGCCAGCAUGAUGAUUCUGACACUCCUCGAACUCCUAAAUCCAGAUUGGGUUUCCAAGAGAAAUCUUCGAGUGCCUCACUUGAAGAUAGUGCAACCAAUCUUGCUGAGGCGAAAGCUGCUAUGCAAGCAGGAUUCAAAAAAGCAAAUGCUCGGGAAAGGUUCAUAUUGAGCAAGCUUAAUAGAGAUGGACAAGAAAGUAAAGUAACAGAAGGAACUAGUAGCUCUGCUUCUUCUAGUCAAUCUCAUGAUUACUUUGAUGCACACAAAGUAAUUCCCAGAUUACAUCAAGCAAGUGAUGAUGAAAAUGCAAGAAAUUUAGCAGCCGCAUCAUCUCCUGCAGUAUCGGUUUUGCUUGUUCCUUCACUUGAAGAGGCAGUUGGUGAUGAUUUGGAAGGGACAGGUUCGCGUGUUGUGGCAGAUUCACUUAUGGAUCUGGAGCAUGCCAAGCCCGGUUCUUGUGAAGUCCUUGUCAGCAGGUUGCUUCAGCGACUGGGAAGCUCAAAAGAAACUUCAUUAAAGGACCUCCAGGAGCUGGGAGCCAGCAUCUUUACAAAGUGCAAAAUUGCCAGUGAAACAGAAAAUGCAGAUGCAGAAUCUAAGCACAGAUGGAAGCAACAAAAUGUGGAUCUGUCUGAGAACCCGAAUUUAAGUCCACUUGCAAGGUUCCUCCUUGCCAGAUGGCAGGGUCAAGUUUCAAGAGAUCUCAACCCACUUUGAGGAAAGGUUGAAUCUAUUGCUUCCAUCGGCACUACUCUGUUCUCUGUUUGUAUAUUUAUUUUGAUUUUAUGUACAUAUGAUUAUUAGAAAACUGUAUUUUUUGCCCUCUGAUUUUUCAGAAGCAGAAUUGCUGUACAAUGAGCAGGUUUUUAUUUGCCUUCUUAUAAUUUAAUUUUUCUCUUUCAUUGGA